AUGGCUGAAAGCACUGGCUCCUUGAGCUCGGACAGUGUGUUGGCGAUCGCCGCAACAGCUCUUCGCGGAGAUGGGGCCGCGCCGCCUAGUCUCAAGACGCCAUACGAGGCGAUCGCUCUAGUUGGCCAUGCGUCUAUGACAGCAGUCGGCUUUCGCUUAGUCGGGCUUGGGGAAGAUCAUACGCUAGAGAACCAAUCCGAGAGCCCCUCACUCCCCGCAGAAUGGAACGCCAACACGGCCUUUGCCUUCCGUUACGCCCACUCACAGUCGUCGAUGCAGUAUCUGCUCAAGAUUAGCCGACUUGGAAAUAACGCUGUCAUUUUCGCCUUGGCUCUGGGCGAUGACAGAACUACAUCCUUCGAUCUCCCCGUGAAAGACUACGUCUCCGAAUCAGCCCUUCCCUUGACCACUACCGGCGAUGAUCUCCCAGCAGCACUGCGCGAAGCAUUUAUAUCUCCCUCUCGUGUCCAGGACCUGAUCGGAUUAUUCAAGAUCAACGUCAUGCAGAAGCUGGCGCCUGGAUUGUACAAAGAAGGCUACGAAGAUUCGUCCGAUCAGCCACAGGAGACGUUGCGCGAGAGAACUCUGGAAAGACCUCCACGCCAUGAUCCCUUACGAGACGAUCCGAUGCCCCAACCCGCUCGCCCGUAUCCAUUUGACGACCCCCUAGCGGUGCCUCCCCGACGACCCAUUCCCGCGGGGGACUUUCCUCCACCAGGAUUCGAGGAUGAGUUCGAGAUCCAGAGACCACCCCGAGGAUACCCGGGAGGUAUGGGGGGAAGAAAUCCGUUGAGUAUUGGAGACCGCGAUUUGUACCCUGCCGGAUUAGGCCCAAAUGAUCCUUUGCGAGGAGGCGUAGGCCCUGGGCUGGGAGGUGGCGGCGGCGGUGGUGGUGGUAUGCACCCCACGUUCGAUGAUCCUCUGUUUGGUGGACCUCGUGGACAAGGUUACGAUCCCCAAGCACCACCAGGAUCGCGGUAUGAUCCGGUAGGACCCGGACAAGGGGCACCGUUUGGACGAGGACAGGGGCCGUAUGGGGGACGCGGGUUUGGCGGAGGGUUCGGGGGAUUUGGUGGUGACAUCAUUUAA